CUCCCCUGGGCUGUUCCGGAUGACGCUUCCCUCCUGCCGCCCCUCUGAUCCUCUUAUCGGCGAGUAAGCGGCCAAGAUGGAUGUUGUAAACCAGUUGGUGGCCCAAGGGCAGUUCACAAUAAUCAAACAGCCUUUGGGGUUUAUAAAGUUUCUACAAUGGAUCUUUGCAAUCUUCGCCUUCUCAACAUGUGGCAGUUACACUGGCAUGUUCAAGAUGAGCGUCGAGUGUAAAAACCGGUCGGAGAGUGACCUAGGCAUAGAAGUAGAAUUUGAAUAUCCAUUCAGGCUCCAUCAGGUAUACUUUGAUGCCCCCACCUGUACAGGGGGAAACACCGAGCGUCUCUUCCUGGUUGGGGAUUACUCUUCCUCAGCCGAGUUCUUUGUCACCAUCGCUGUCUUCUCCUUCCUCUACUCCAUGGCAGCCCUCUCUGUAUACUGCUUUAUAUUGGAGAAGUACCGUGAAAACAACAAGGGGCCCCAGAUUGACUUUGUUGUGACGGCGGUGUUCACCUUCAUGUGGCUGGUGUCGUCAUGCGCUUGGGCAAAGGGUCUGUCAGAUGUGAAAACAGCCACCGACCCAGACAGGGUCAUUACUCUCAUCGCAGCCUGUGACGAGCCGGAGAACCGCUGCCGUGAGGUCUACGACCCCAAGGUGUCUGGCCUCAACACCUCUGUGGCUUUUGGCUUCAUCAACCUGAUCCUGUGGGGAGGAAACCUGUGGUUCGUCUUCAAGGAGACUGGCUGGAUGGCCGCCUUUGCUGGAACGUACGUCCCAUCACAGCAGAAGCAGCCCGCCCCUGACUCUUUUGGCCAGGGAGGCUAUGGCCAGGAGGGUUUUCAGCAGGACCCCUAUGCCGGCUCCCAGGGAGGCUACCAGCCCGACUACGGCCAGCAGGGAGGCUACAACGAGGGCGGAGAUUACACCCAGGGCUAUGAACAGCAGCCCACCUCCUACUCUAAUCAAAUGUGAGCCCGUCCAGUCAAACCAGAGCUGCAGGAUGGGUGACCGUAUGAUUUUGGAGUGGGGUUCUUGACCACCGCCUACAUUUCCACACACCUCUGUUUGUCUGUUUGUGUAUCUGUGAGUCGACAGGCGGAGGGAGGGAGGAAGGGAGGGAGGGAGGGAGGCACGGAGGGUGGAAACUGGUGGGACUUGGGGAGGGAGCACCAAGAGGGAACGGGGGUGCGAGGGUAAAAGGGGGAAUGGGUCCUUGCUGUAACAUGCUGUUUAUUCUCGUGUUGUAUUUAACUGUAGAAGACAACAGAGGAUUGUCUGUUUGGUUAUACGAGAAAAACUUGAAUACAAUACCAAAACAUUCAUUGAUGAACAGUUAAGAUAAAUCUUGUAAUGGAAAAGACUUACAUUUAUGAAAAAAAAAAAUUGUAGUAAUAUUUAACUUGGGAGAAUGUAUUUGUCUGUGCUGUGUAAAUAUCAACAUGCUGAUAUAUAUUAUUAUAUGUACACAGUUGAAUAAUUGUGCACUCCAUAUUAGUUGUUAUACAACAAAUGUUGAGCACAGAGUUAUUCAAUUGCAUUUACUUUGGUUCUGUUUAGGAGCUCACACAGUUUAGCCCUCUUGUCCCUCAGUCCCCCCGUCACAGAUGAUUCAUACCACAAUGAUGUUUUUGUUUAUUCAUUUCAAAAUAUGUGAACAUCGUUUUAUUUUUAUUUUUCUCAUUGUGCUUUUUUAUUUGAUCAGCGUUAACUGGCGGAUAUGAAAAGGGACAUCACUAGGUAAAGGUCGCUGAAAAUGUGAUGGCAAAUGUUAAAGCCAAAAACAGAGUUAAAAAAAAAAAAAGGAAUAAGAAUAUGAAAAGUGUGUAUAGGAUGAGUGAUGUAUAGUAAUAGCAGUGAAGAUACAAUAGCAAUGGUUUAAGUGAGUAGUUUGGCUCAUUUUUGUUUGUUUUUAUACUUUUUUUUCCCAUCAAAUAUCAUUGUCGAGAAAGAAUUUAGCUCUUGUGUUACACAUAAAAUUUAUAAUCAAAAUCAAGUUAAUGAAAAAUGCAUAGGGUAAUGAAAUUUAGUGAGCAUGGUAGCAUCUGAUAUUUGCUAAUACUAUGCUGUUUCCAAAAAAAAAUAUAUAAUAAUAAUAAUAAUUGCUGUAGUGUGCCAUCAGUGUGAAAAUUGUGAAUCAGGGAAGUGAAAAACUGUUUAGCAGCGUGUUUGUUUAUUUGUUUGGAUUUAUGUAACGGCAUCAAACCCGAUUUUGUCAAUGAACCUUGUCCUGUUUUGAUCGCCUUUUCUGUGGUCCAGGAAGUAGUCAGACAGAGUCAUAUAGUUUUUUAACCGGCGUUUCUAUUGCACAGUAAUCAAUGAAAUGCAUAUUCACAUUAACAUCUGCUGUAGGUAAAGAAGUGAAAAUAUACUAUAUGGCACGCCUGUGCUGUUUUGAAGACCAUGCUUGAGCCAUGGUGAACAAGUAAUAUCGUGAAGCGGUCUGAACAAUAUGUCUCCAUUUAUGAUUCUCCUGUAUACCCCCUCCCUGACCCCCUACCCCUCCCGGCCUUCCCCACUCCGUCUUUAUCCCUCCUCUCUCUGAAGGCAAGCGAAUUUACUGCAUGCAUCUGAACUCAUUGUCCUAAAACCUACAGAGGUUGAGGCUACAAGCUGCAGGAGAGUGUUACAUCAUACAGUAGAGCAGUGGUAUGUAUGAUUGAGCCUCAUGGUUACUACACAGCACACACAGCAGCUCUGCUAUAGUCCACAAAAGCACAGAGCAAGUGCUGCAAUAAUCACUCCUUUCAAGAUAAACACACUUGUCCCACUGCCAACCCCCUGCCUGGAUGCAAGAGACCAACAUGUCAGCCAAAUGGUAAGAAGAGACGUGUCUUGAUUGGUAGUUUUGCUUCCACAGUGCUCAAAACGAAUUCAUCUAUAUCCUGGUCUAUUGCACUGUCUUGAAGUCAUGCAUUUGUUUUUUAAAUCAGGGUUCUCCAAAUCAGGCAGUGUAGAAACACCUUGCUUUCUCCCCUCUUCUACCCCCCUCGCCUUCCCCUUUUUCCUUCUCUAACCCCAGGUUUCUCUAUCUCUCUCUCUCACUGUAGCUCUUAUAAAUAUGCUGAAAUGAAAUAUACUCUGUUGUUAGUGGUGAAUGAUGUCUUGUGAUACUCUCUACGCCUUUGGAUAGUGCUGUGUUUAUUGUGUAUGAUGUAUUCAUAUUAGUAUUUAUGAUAAUUAUAAGUCAGAGAAAGAAAAAAAAAAUCUGAGACUCUCCAGAAUUCUACCGUAUUCUUAUUAUAUGGAAUCCAUGUGAAACAAAAUGAAAUAAACUUGAAAUUAUUCUGUUGAA